AUGCGGACGCUACGCGAUGGCAGCGGGGAGGCCGGCGCCGCAGCCCCCCUGCUGCUCCUGUGCGACACGCUGGCGGUGGUCGGCGGGCCCGCCUUGCUGCGCCAGGCAAGCCUCUCUGCACCGUGGGCAGUGGCCGAGUUGGCGGCGGCCAUUGCGGGCGGAAGGGCGCAGGCGGCGGGGCUCACCCUGGUGGCGCUGGAGCGCCCCGCAGCGCAGUACCAGCAGCUCUGCUCCCUCACCUCUGUCAGCCUCACUGUUCUGGAUGCUUUCUCGGACCCUAACGCCUGGGGCAGCCUGCUCCAGGACGGUGGAGGCAGCGACGACGGCAGCAGCAGCAGUACCAGCAGCAGAAGCGGCUCGGUGAUCCCGCUCCCCGGCAUCCUUGCGGCGCCAGACGGCAUGCAGCAGCUGCGCCGCCACCUGGCCAGCGCCCAGCAGGCGGCACCCGGCCUGCGGCAGUGCAUCGUGUUCGAUUGCCUCAGCCCCUUGCUAGACCGGUUUGGGGCAGGCGCCGUGGCGCACCUGCUGCACAGCCUGCAGGCUGCUCCCAGAGUGUCCAGCCUGCUGUGUGGAGUCCACGGCGACCUGCACACGCCGCAGCAGCUGGCGGCGCUGGAGCAGCUGGCUGCAGGAACCCUGCAGCUGCAGCCAGCCAGCGAGCUGGAGCAGAGCCUGUGUGCGGCUGCCCAUGGCGCGGGGGAGCCGCAGGGCAGGCUGGCGGUACGGCUGAAGCGCAGGGCGGGGCGGGUGCGGGCAGAGGCUCAGCUGUACUGCCUGGAUGGCGGCGGCGGCCUGCAGUUCUUUGCCCCGCCCGCCGACGCGCUCAACCCUCAGGCGGCGGCUGAGAGGGCGGCUGCAGCGGGCGCAGGCGGCGGUGGGGCCGAGGGCCCAGCAGCCGGGCUGGCGCAGCAGCUGGCUGGCGGCAUGAAGCUGGGGCUGAGCCAGGCUGAGCUGGAGGCCAAGCAGCGGGUGCAGCUGCCCUUUGAGCACCAGGGGCAGGGUGCAGCCUACCACACGGGUGACUUCCGUGAUUACCUGCCACCAGAGGCGGGCGGCAGGGCGCGGCCGCCAUCGGCAGCAGGCGCGGCGCUGCCAGCCGCGGCGAGCACCGAGGUGGCGGCCGCGGAUGGGGGCGGGGGCCUGGGUCGCAUCAUGUAUGUGCGGGACAGCGGCAGCGAGCACGACAGCGAUGAGGACCCCGACGACGAUCUGGACAUCUAG